GGAAACUCCCGUCCUCACAAGCAUACAUCCCACCACAACACAAUGGCGGGAAUUAACAAACCAGGCAAGCCAAAGUCGAAAAGACGUCCCGUUCGUCUGCGCGAGAGCAUCAAGAAGGCGUCAGCUGCGAAGCAAAAGAAAGACCGCAAAGCUGGAAAGAAGAACCCAGAAUGGCGAUCGAAAUUGAAGAAAGAUCCUGGAAUACCGAAUCUAUUCCCGUACAAAGAUAAGAUACUCGCCGAGAUUGAGGAGGGGAGACGAAGGAAGGCAGAGGAUGCAGAGAAGCGCAGAGCAGAUGCGAAGGCAACGAAGACGGGAGAGAAAACUGGCGAGCAGGUCGAGAGGGAGGUCGAGGCCAGGAUGGAAGGUGUAGAUGAGGAGGAUAUCAUGGAUGAGGAUAUGGAUGAGGAUUUCGACGAGGAUGCCAAUCCAAUGGCCGCUUUACUUGCUAGUGCACGAGCUGCUGCGCAAGAAUACGAAGAGGAUCUCGAGAGCGGUGAUGAGAUGGACGAGGACGACGCAUCAGAAUCCGAAGAUGACGAGCCAGGUGUCGAGCUGUCAGGCCUGCCUACAAGAAAAGAUGGAUCGAGAAAAGCAUUCGACAAGGUAUUCAAGCAGGUCGUCGAGCAAGCCGAUGUCAUUCUCUACGUCCUGGAUGCCCGCGAUCCAGAAGGGACUCGUUCCAAGGAGGUCGAACGUAUGGUCAUGGCCGCUGCAAGUGGUGGGAAACGACUCAUCCUUAUUCUCAACAAGAUCGAUCUCAUCCCCGCGCCAGUCCUCAAAUCCUGGCUCCUCCACCUUCGCCGAUACUUCCCCACGAUUCCUCUUCGCGCCUCUGGCCCAGCCCCAAACGCACAUACCUUCAACCACAAGCAAUUGACAGUGCAAAGCACAUCCGCAACUCUCUUCAAAGCCCUGAAAUCUUUCGCCGCAGCCAAACAGCUCAAGCGCGCCAUCUCAGUAGGCGUCAUCGGCUACCCCAACGUCGGAAAAUCAUCCGUGAUCAAUGCCCUAACUUCCCGCCUGGGAGGUGGCAACGCAGCAUGUCCAGUUGGAGCAGAAGCAGGUGUUACCACUUCUCUCCGCGAAGUUAAAAUCGACAGCAAAUUGAAGCUGCUUGAUUCCCCUGGUAUCGUGUUCCCCAGCGCUGGCGAUGGAACUAAAUCUUCGAAGAAAGAGGAACAAGCAAGACUUGUCCUCCUGAACGCUGUUCCACCCAAGCAAAUUGAAGACCCCGUUCCGGCAGUCACUUUACUACUAAAGCGUCUCUCAGCCUCUCAGGGUAUGUUGACCAAGCUCAUGGAUGUCUAUGGUCUCCCACCUUUGAUCCGCACGAACGGUGAUCCCACAACCGAUUUCUUGAUCCAGGUUGCCCGCAAGCGAGGACGUCUAGGUAAAGGUGGAGUUCCGAAUGUGAACAGUGCUGCUACGACCGUCAUUACUGAUUGGAGAGAUGGACGUAUUCAGGGCUGGAUGGACGCGCCUGUCCUAGCUGUCGCGCCUGCUGUGACUGAUGCUACCGAUGGUACUGCUGUGAUCGGUGACCAGAAAGAGAUUGUUACUGAGUGGGCUGCGGAAUUCAAACUUGAAGGGUUAUGGGGAGAUGGCAAAGCAGAGGUUGUGGAUGAUGCUAUGCAGGAGUGAAUGCGUUGUUAGAUGGUAGCUUGCAUUCGCCAUAUUUCGUAGAUACAUAGAUGGAGUUAUGGCGUCUUGGGCUGGUUAGAUAGGAGGCAAAAGUUUGGCUUGUAAGAAGUCCGUACUGCCUGUAAUUGCACAAUUUUCAGUCACUUCAAAAC